AUGAACGUUCCUGGAACUGCUGGGGAAUCCUCGUGUAAACGACAAGAAAAUGGCGACGGUACAAUAGAACCAGAUCGCCCACUUAAGAAAGCUCGGUUUGCAUGGCAGGUAAAGGGAAAAUACCAUUUAAAAAAUGAAAACUGCGACUCCAAACCAACAAAUACAGCGAAAGAUAUUGCACAUGCAGCUUCUUCCUCGGACACUGUGGGUCAACGAAACGAUUUAGUCGGAAAUACGGAACAAAACCUUGAAAUACUGGGAGAUUAUCUAUUGAAGCAGGAUUUCAACACACUGGAUUCAAUAACAGAUUCUGAUAAAAUUGUUCUACCAAGUACAUCUAAUGAACAGUUGCCUUAUCCAAGAUAUGUUAGUUCCUUUGAAAGUUCUUCCAAUAGAGACAAUAGAAGUAGUGACGGUGAGAAUUCCUUGACCCCAACAUUAUUACAUGCAAGCAACUAUAGUGAAGACCAGUGCAUAGCUCGAUGGCAAGCAAGACAAAUGGCCAAGUGCUUCGUGGACAACACUAUAAAUCGUGUUUUGGACAACUGGAUGGUCGCACCUUUACCUGUCGGUGCAUCUAUUGAUGUAGAUAACAAUCGCUUCUUAGCUUUAGAUGUUGCUGAAUUUAUUAAUAAUCUACCAGGCGAUAAUACUAUAGAAAAUGAAGGUAUACUGAUGGCAAUAUCAGCCCACGGUCUCCAAAAUACAAGUACAAACAGUCAAAGUGAUCAAAAGGAAUCAAACACAAAAGAUAUGUUUAAUACACCACCCAGUAGUCCUGUACAAUCAGAUGAUAAUAUAAGUCAAACAACAAAUAGUAACCUUAAUAAUGAUCCCAGCUCUUCAAGCGAUCUUGAUAUGUCAUGGUCUUAUGAUGAUGAAUUAAAACAAAAUGAUUCCAAUGACUUACAAUUUGCUUACUUUCCAAGUAACUCAAGUUCAUACAAAUAUUAUGGAGAUACUGACCCACUUGAUACUUCUACUGUAAAGAACAGCGAUGAUACUCUUAAUUGUGAUAACAAUGUAAUGGAUAAUUUUGAUUUCCUUGAUGCUGCGGUAACAUUUGCGAUACAAAACAAAGGCUUGGCAUCUUAUGGCACAGAUUAUGGCUAA